CGAGAUAACGCGUUUGAUGAAAUCAAGUAAUCUUAUCGAUUUAAAAUUAUCAGUCUUUCAGCUCGUAUAUAAAAUGCAAUGGGAUCUCUAUUCUGACAACAAUUCACAUCGUAAAGCGAAAUAGAAGCGACUAUAGGAAGUCAAAGAAGAAGAAAAGCAUCAAAGAUGAAGGCCAUCGUAGCACUCUUCGUUGUUCUGGUCGCGGCCAGUCCUUUAAACGCCAUUGAAGUCCCGGCCACGGGUUCUGGCGCUCUCGCUAAGGAGUUCCAGUCGUUUGUCGACUUGGUGCCCGUUGAAAAAGUCGCCGCAGUAACGAGAGCCUACCUGGCCCAAGACAAGGAAUUCCAAACGGGCCUAAAGAUAGUAAGAGGCAGCGAAGUGAAGCAAUGGAUACAAGAUAUCGAACAAGCAUCCGAAUUCAAAAUGCUCGUAAACUAUAUGCAGAACCAUGGUUUAGAUAUAGUUGCUAUGUUAAAAGCGUUCAAUAAAGCCAUUGGUAUCCCACCUCUAUUUUCCGUGAUCAGAGCUUACUUGGCUCCUCAAGUCCAGAUCACUGGUGGACUCCAAGGCUAUAUGCAGGACAUCCUUGCCAUUCUGCCGUCAGAUGAAAUCUUAAAGAUAUAUGAAGACAAAAUGGAGCACUCGGAGGUAUUCAAGGACUUCGUAUACGAAAUAAUAUCGUCUAAAUAUCUAACUUUCUACCAGCUCAUUUUCAAGAACAAGCACUACCAGAUUGCAGAAGACGAGGCAGCGAAAGCCGGUAUCGACAGAUACAUCUUCCAAAUCAGUUCUCAAAUAUUACUUGAAGUUUCCGCCUUUAUGUAAAGUUUUAAUCUAAAUGAUGUCUGUACAAUUCAAUAUUUCUCGUUAAAUAAUAAAGUACAUUUAUGCAGCAUUGAAA